AUGGGAAGGCCACCUUGCUGCGAUAAAUCAAACGUGAAAAGAGGCAUCUGGACUGCAGCAGAGGAUGCCAAACUUCUUGCAUACGUUUCGAAACACGGAGUUGGAAAUUGGACUUUGGUUCCAAAGAAAGCAGGACUUAAUAGAUGCGGGAAGAGCUGCAGGCUUAGGUGGACUAAUUACCUGAGGCCUGACCUCAAACAUGACAGCUUCACUCCUCAAGAGGAAGAGCAUAUUAUUAACCUUCAUGAAGCUAUAGGCAGCAGGUGGUCUCUCAUUGCAAAGCUACUACCCGGAAGAACAGAUAAUGAUGUCAAAAACUACUGGAACACUAAGUUGAAAAAGAAGCUUUCCAAAAUGGGAAUUGACCCUGUAACCCAUAAACCCUUUUCUCAGAUCCUCUCUGACUAUGGAAACAUCAGCAGCCUCCCAAGCAUCGAUAAUCAAUUCGGGUUCUUUUUUAAGAACUCGAACAACACGUUCGUGCCCAAAUCAGAGCCGUCUUCAGGCAUCACAGGACUUCCAUUGGGCGUCAACACAUAUUCCAAUAUGAUGAUGAACCCUAUAGGAUCAGACAAUUCCACUGCUAGCACUCUUUCAUUGGGUAUUGUGGCUCAGUUUCAAGAAAUCAAUCAAGACAGUGUGCAAGUGCAACCACACUUUUUGAAUGAAGUAGCUUCCUCCUGUUCAUCAUCAUCUUCUCCUCAUGCCACUGAUCAUCAAUUAAGCUCUCAGCCAAUUUUCUUGUGCCAGCAAUCUCUUCAUGAGGCUCAAAUUACACCAUCUUCUUCCUUUAAUUGGAGUGAAUUUCUUCUGCAUGACCCCUUUUCGUCAGCUGAUAAACUCAAGCAAGAACAAGAUUUCCAUGGAACAAUGAUGUCAUCAUCAUCAGUUAUUCCCACACUUGCUGGUGGAAGUGAACUCAACUUGAAUGCGACAACUCGGGCAUGUGAUUUUGGAUCAUCAGCCAUUAAUAUUGGAGGCCAAAGGAACAAUAACUUGGCUCAUGAUCAAGCUUCUUCAUCUUCCAUGACUUCUUUUGUGGAUACUAUCUUGGGUCAAGAUAGUGAGAUGCAGGCAGCGUUUCCUGAACUUCUAGAUGCUUCUUUCGAUUAUUAA